ACCCUUUAAAAAAAUAAACCAAUUCUCAUUGAGUCAUUUCUGUAUGUUUGUCAACGCAAAUCUCCCGAGAUACUCAAAACUUUGUAGUUUUCGAACAAAUAAUACUUCAACUACUCAUCUAACAAAGUUUAAACACCUUUAUUUUGAUAUUUGGUUAAGAACAACUCAUUUACGCAAGAGUAGAGUAUUACUGCAGUGGAAGUGCAAAGUACAAGACAACCCUGAUGCAGAGAAUACUGGAGGAGUUUUCAAUUGGCAGCCUUCUUUGACAGAAAAUAUCAAUCCAAUAGACCACCCUAGCCUUAUCAACGAAAUGUUUUGGGAAGCGAAAAAGCAAGUGGAAGCAGCAAGAAGAGGUGAAAGAAUGAGUGGAGAAGAGAGCAUCGAGCGCUAUCAUCAGAGAGCAGCAGCUUCUUCUGUAAAGAAGAAACAAGAAACUCCCAAGACUAUUUACUUACUUUCUCGAUCAGAAAGACGUAUUCGGAGACUGAAAAAACGAAUUUCUGUGUUCUUUUCAGGUUUAUUAGCUCCCAUCGUGGAUUGGCAUUCGGUAUUAAGGAAUCGAAUCCGUGAAAUAGGACUAGUAGAAUGGGGAGAACCGAAGCAACCAACAAUAUGUGAAAAGUGUCAUUCCUUCGGUUUCAAGCCUUGUGCAUAUUGCAACACGUUGGGUGUUCGAUAUACUCAGACAGGGAGAGCCAAAGCAAUUUGUAUUCAUUGUUUAGGAUUAGGUUGGCAAACAUGUCCACAUUGUCAUGGUCAUCAACCAGAGUCUUGGAUGCAAGAUAUGUAUUUGUAAUAAAAGUUUUAUAAGGAAUCAUUUUAGUUACAA